UCUUAGGAGAGCUAAUCUCGGAAACCUUGACAUUCCUGCAGGGACUCAGAUCUAUUUAUCAGUGGUCGCGAUGCACCACGACACAAAAACAUGGGGAAACGACGCAGAAGAGUUUAAUCCGCACAUAUUUGAAGAUUCUAAGAAACAAUCAACUCUGCGUGUGCCGUUUGGGUUAGGGCCAAAGACUUGUGUGGGACAGAAUCUUGCUGUGAAUGAGACCAAAACUGUUAUGGCUACGAUCUUGAAGCAUUACAGUUUCAAGUUGUCUCCAAGUUAUGCUCAUGCUCCGGUUUUGUUUGUGACCUUGCAGCCUCAGAAUGAUGCUCAUCUUCUCUUUACUAGGAUUUCCAGUUAAUAACUACCAAAAUUGGUUGGUAGUGUGAUUUCCGGUUUGAUCUGGUUUAGGUGUGAUUUAAUUGUUAGCAUUGUCAUUGCUAAUGAUUAUUAUUAUAUUAUCUACCCAUUAUCUUCUUUCUAAGACGAAGUCUCUGUAACUCCCUAAAUCGCCACCGAUUCUGUGAUCAUAUAUUGGGCGGGAGGAAAACUGAUAUUUUUCUCCUUUGAAUGUAUUCCUCUUCAUAAUCUGCGAUAUACUAUAAAUUUAAAAAGUUGGAUAGGUCAGAAAAGCAUCAACGAAAACACGCACUCUAGGUGUUCGACGAAAUCCCUCAGAGAGAUAAUAACCCUAUAGGAGAUGCCACUAGAACCGAUUCGAUUCUUGAGAACCAGCGCUGGCGUCAUUGUUGGUGGUUUUGUGGUCAUUAGCGCUGUUUCCUCAGCAGCUAUAGGAGCAUUUCGAUAUACAACUGAAGAGAAACGGAAGAAAAGAGGAUUGGCUUGUAGAGCUUGUCGUGGAAAAGGUUUUUUCAUAUGCAAAUUGUGCAAAGGAGACGCAACGAUUAAAUGGUCACCAUUGUACGAUCCGGUUUGUAUCAAUCCAUGCCUUUGCCCUACUUGCGAUGGUCACAGGGUACAACGAUGUCUCAACUGCUUAGGAAAGGCCUACUGUUAGACUCUUUAGGCUUUAUGAUUUGAUCAUCUUUCUGCUUUUGUAACCUCUGGUUUUUAAGCGUCAAAAACAGUCCUGCUUUUUAGAAUCGUAAUAAAUUUGGUUGUGCUGA